AUGUCUCUGGCACAUCUGCAGGAAUGGUGUCUAGCACUCGAAAAUACAGUUAUUCGACCCCAUCAGACAUACGGAAUGCUUUCUGAUUCAAUUAUCUAUGCUUUUUACACUCUGCUGCUGAAGCACCACGACGAUGCCCAGUUUACGGAGAGCAUGAAUUCUCGACUGACCGAGCUUUUCUUAAGUGCAGCCGCGUUCCCAAAUUCAGGGAUCCAAUGGGCGCAAGAGCUCCAUUGCCCCAACGAAGGUCUCAGUAAGAAUUUCCGUAUGUGGGAUACUCUCCAGUGGCAGUUAAUCGGGGAGCCUGAACCAAGGUUAAAACCUCUAGUGGACGCAAAAAAUAAGAAUGACUAUACAUAUAUUAUCGAAAAUCUCGACAAAGUCAUUGGAGAAAUCUUCUCGAGUCAGCCUGCGAAAGACCUAUCUGCUCAGACCAGAGUAGCCUCGAUAGCUGUACUUUCUCAUUUUCUGAAGACAAAUAACGAGCCUACCAAUGCCAAAGCAAAUGAACUCAUGAAUUCACUCGUAUCGAACUCAAAAGGCGCCUACUUGUUAUUCAAUCAUGAACGAACUCUACUUUCAGUCUCCUCCUUCCAAAACCAAAACCAAAACGGGCCGCGCAAGUCAAUCAGCUUUGGCUUGACCAAAGGGUCCAAGGGUAGCGGAAGUUCGCAUUACCUUGGUAGUAACAUGGGUGGCGAGAUGGCUCGUUGUUGGAUCAGCUCGGCAUUGAAUCAGAGCCUCUCUAGCAGAGGGCUACACGAGACACAGAUGAGGAUGUCUCAAGCUACCACCUCUUCGCCGAGGCAGAUGACAACGGAUCGGACGAUCAAACCGCCUAAAUUGCCGGCCCAAGAGGGCAGUUCGAAUUUGGAGUCCGCCAAGUCUGAACCCCUCAAGCCUUCUCACCCGCCCUCCCAGACUUCUCCUCCAAAGCCACCAUUAAAGGAGAAAAAGAAGUCGUGUUGA